AUGGCCACCUCAAAUGGCAAAAGUGAGAAACCAUCCAAAUUUGAGAUGCUUAAACUUUUGGAAAAUUGCAGAAAGGAAAGAGACGAUGCUCUGCAAAGGGAAAGUGUGCUCAGAGAGAAACUUAGGCAGUACGAGACGAGGAUUCGUUCAACUGAGGCUCUGAAACAGAAACUGAAGACCCUGACGGUUGACAACAAGGAGCUAAAGAAACAAGUUAAGACUCUUCGGACUGAAAUUGGACUUGAGAACAGCCCCAAUUUUAAUGGCAAGACCACCAAGGAUAUAAUCAAUGAUUUGCAUGAGAAGGAACAGGAGUGCACCUCACUAACAGAGAAAGCUGGGAAACUUAGUCAGACCAUUGAUGACUUGACAGCAGAGUUGUCAAAUGCAGUCACCUCCAAGACACUUUUAGAAGACCAAGUACAGUCAUUACAGCAAAAUCUCAAGGAUAUGACAAAUAAUCAGCGUCGUCUGCUGAAGCUGUGGGAAGACAAGAAGGUCCAGAGAGAGCAGCUUGCUCUCCCUGCUAUUGCUCAAAAACCAUACACUCACAAAGUCAGUCAAACUGACAUGUCCAUCAGCUCAACCCAAAAACUUCCAUCAAAUGCUUUUGAGACCACCAAGCCAUUUUCCACGGAUGAUGACAAAACAACUGUUUUGGAGAAGCAGAUUUUUCCAUCUCCUCAUGAAAGGAAGGCUUUUAUGCACAAUUAA